GGCUCUGUGAUGCCCUGGGGAUGUGGAGGGGGGGGGCAUGGUGGCACUGGUGGCACAGAGCCAGGGGUGGCCUCAGGGGUGGCAGGAGGCUGCAGAGCAUGAGGGAUAUGGGGGUGGCUGUGGGCCAGGGAGUGGCAGCAGGGCCGUGGGGAAUGGGUGGCACUGGGGAUGGCAGGGGUCAGGGACCCAGGGGUGAGGGGGCUGAGGGCUGGGGCUGAGAGAUAGGGCUGGUGCUGGGGAUGCCAGAGGAGAUGAAGGACAGGGGGUGGCAUGGGAGACGAGGUGCCAUGAGGAUGGCACCGGGGCUGGCCAAGGGCUCUCCUGAGAUGAUCCCAGGGACCACAGGUCCCCAGGCCAAGACAUCCUCCAGCCCUUCCAUGUCCCUGCAGCUCCCCACCAUGCAGCCUGGACUGCUCCUUGUCCUGACCCUGCUGGGCAUGGCCUCUGCGCUCUGCCCCGCCCCCUGGCGCACCAUGGAGGUGCCCACAGGCAUGGAGGAGGGCAGCACGUGGCGCUUCGCCGUGGUGAAGGCAUGGCGCACCUACCGGGGAGCCCAGCGCUACUGCCAGGAUGUGUACAGGGGACAGCUGGCCUCAGUGCACAGCACAGCCACUAACGAAGAGCUGAGGAAGCUGGCAGCCACCUACAGCUACUGGAGCUUCUGGAUCGGGGCCGUCACCACCUGCAAGGACGGGUUGUGGAAGACAUCCUGGGAGGACCUGAGCCCCUGGAACUAUGCAAACUGGGCCACAGGGCAGCCCUACCGAUUGUUCACCACCUGCACCGUGCUUAGCCCCAGAGGUGAGCGCAGCCCUGCACCAUGGUACAGGCACCUGAUGCUGGGGGCAACGGGUGAGGGCACUGAGAGCAGGGACAGGUGUUGGGAGUGUGGCAAUGGACAUGAGACACUGAGACGAGGCACUGGGAGAGCGGACUGGGAUAGUGGGACAAUGGGAUGGGGCACUAGCACAUUGAGAGGGGACACUGGGAGAUGUGGGCAAUGGAAUGGGGCACUGGGACACUGGAAGGGGGCACUGGGAUACUCGGGAAAUGGGAUGGAGUACUGGGGGCUUGUGGGUCUCCCUGUGUCCCUGACGAUGGGUCUUGCCCACAGAUGGGCUCUGGAGAAGUAGACCCUGCUUCAAGCUGCGCCCCUUCAUCUGUCAGUACUGAGGGUACCUGGGGC